AUGUCAGACAAAGAUUCAGCCUCGAUUGCUAGCUCCGUUCUCAUCGCAGAAGAUAAACAUUUACGUGUGCUCUCUGCUUUGUGCAGCACAUUCAUCGGUAAACUGGAAGAGGACGAAUUAGAUAUUCUCUCAACCGUUGACAGCAAGGUGCUCAUUACGAAUACUACUGACGUCCAGGAAUUCGGCAACUAUGAUCUAGGCGCCGAUGAAGAAUUUAUCGAAAAACUCGUCACUCGCAUAAACACUGUCGUCAGACCAAAAAAAGUCGCGGAAUUAAAGAAACUACUACGCAACCUAUCGAAACCAAGAACUGCUCGCAUACUAACGGGAUUCGGCAAACCCUUUUACGAACUGACCCAGAAGCAACGAGAAGCCGUACUCAAUAGAUGGGCAACGAGCACAUUCGUCAUUGAAAGACAAGCAUUUCGCACAUUGCUUACACUCAUAUGUAGCGCAUUCUGGCUAGAUGCUCGGAAGUUUUAUCCUGCAAUCGGAUACCCUGGGCCGGACCCAGACGCUAGUUACAUAAAUUAUGACGACCGAACGUCUCCUGAAUUCAAAUUUAUGGAAAUCCCACACGAAGGUCUCGACUUACCACGCGAAGGUGAGAAUGAGAUUGACGUUGUCAUUAUUGGGUCAGGUGCCGGCGGCGGAGUCACUGCAGCAGAAUUGGCAAAAGCCGGUUACAAGGUUCUCGUUCUCGAAAAGGGUAAAUACUACCAACCAAAAGAUCUCACUCUCGAACAAAUGGAUGCCGCAAACUGUUUAUACGAACAGAGUUCAUGGCUUUCGUCGGAAGAUGGAAGUGUGAGUUAUUUGGCUGGCUCUACAUUUGGCGGGGGGACAACAAUUAAUUGGUCAGCCUGUUUGAAGCCGCAACAUUUUGUUCGCGAAGAAUGGGCAAGCAAGGGACUGGGCUAUUUUCUAACAGACGAGUAUCGCAGGUCUAUGAACAUGGUAUUAUCCCGACUUGGAGUGACGAGUCGAAACAUAGUUCAUAACAGCAGCAACAAGAUUCUCGUAGAUGGUUGUAAAAAACUUGGUUAUCCUUGUGAAAGUGUUCCCCAAAAUUCUGCUGAUCGCCCACAUCAGUGCGGUUGGUGCGGGUUUGGCUGCAAGUACGGCGAAAAGCAGGGUUCUGUACAAACUUGGUUACAGGAUGCAAGAGAUUAUGGGGCUCAGUUUGUGCAAGAUUGUUUUGUUCAGAAAAUCCUCGUUGAGAAAGACAAGGACAAAUCAAAAGUGUAUGGUGUUCAAGCAAUAGUAUGCGGGAAUCGUACGUUGCGCGUUCAUUGCAAGAAAGUAAUUGUUGCCGCUGGUGCCAUCCACAGUCCAGCAUUGUUGCUCAGAAGUGGGUUGAAGAAUCGUAACAUAGGAAGGAACUUUUUCUGUCAUCCUACUGCCUGUGUUUAUGGUGUCUUUCCUGGAAAAGAUAUAAAGACGUAUACUGGAACUAUUCUCACUACAAUUUCAAGCGUUGCUGAGAACACUGAUGGAAACCAUUAUGGAGCGAAAAUCGAGGUUGGCAGUCUCCAUCCGGCAUUUGUAUCCGUCAGCUUUCCAUGGAGGUCUUCAUUACAACACAAGCAAUUCAUGACCGAGUAUAAUCACAUAGUUCCACUCAUUGUCAUUGUACGAGACAGGGAUGGUGGUAAGAUUGUGUGUGACGCCGAUGACAUGCCAGCCAUCCAAUAUACUCUCUCACAACAUGAUGCUAAAAGCAUGACGGAAGGAGUUGUAGCUGCUCUAAAGAUUCUUGUGGCCGCUGGAGCAUCAAGAAUUGGCACUUGCCAAAAUAAUGUUGGAGAAUUUGCACCGUCUGCAAAGGACGCAUUCAACGAUCCAGAGCUUACCAAGUACUUGGGUAAAGUCAGAAAGGCAGGAUUUGUUGCCAACGCGUGUAAUAUCGGAAGUUCUCAUCAGAUGGGAUCAUGCCGAAUGGGUGUGGAUCCAGUAACAUCGGUCGUCAAUCCAGAUGGAGAAACGUGGGAAGUGGAAAAUCUUUAUGUGGCAGAUGCGAGUGUGUUUCCUACUGCAGUUGGUAUUAAUCCCAUGAUUACCAUAAUGAGCAGUGCAUAUUAUAUCGCAAAGCACAUCAUUACUGGAAGCUCUUCACAGGUGAAAUCUGCAGUAACCGCACGACACGAAAAGAGAAGGUCGUAUACUAUGCGCAUCGCAAAUAGAACCUUUACAUUUUAA